AUGGCUGAUACGAACGAGAACUCCGGUGAGAAUUCCGGCAAGCAAAUGACUGAUAUCGCCUUCAUGGCUGAAUGCUUCAAGCACCUUAAUGGGCCGUUCAAUGUGGACCUGGCUGCCGUUGCUGAGGGCUUGGGCUAUAAAAAUCACAACUCAGUGGGAAACCGCUUACGUGCAAUCAAGAAGAAAUGGGGUAUUGGUGCUGCCGAUGGUGCCGAAGCUGGUGCAGACGGUGCCACCCCGGCCGCUCCCAAGACUCCUCGCAAGGGGCCCAAAGCAGCUCGUGGACCAUUGAAGGCCAAAGCAGAAGGCGAUGAGGAAGAAGCCAAGCCUAGCGGCAGCCCUGCAAAGCGUGGUAGGAAGCCUGCUGCCAACGGCGGCGGUCGCAAGCGUAAAACUGCCGCUGCUUCCAACGAGAAAGAGAAUGUGGAUCCCAAAGAAGAUGAGGCAGAGGUCCCUAAGACUGAGCCUAAGACCGAACCCAAGGCUGAAGAUGAAGGGGUUUCGAAGGAUGCUACGGAUGAGAAUGUUGCUUAG